GAAAAGUUUAUGUGAUCGCAGCCAACUUUGCAGCAGUCAAAUUUACAUUUGCGCCUUUUAAAGUUAUAAUAAUUAACGGCUCCCGAAAAUAUAAUUCCAUUGAUUUAUUUCGUAGAUAAGUGUAUGCAUAAGUUCUUCUGCGUUUGUUUAAAUAUUACUGAAAAAUCGCCUGGAGUAUUUUGAAUUUGUGUUUCUUGUUAUCAAAAUAUAAUAAUACAACAAAUAGUAACUUGUUCCAAUUAUGGAUUUUGAAGAUGCUAAAGAAAAUAUACAACCUUUGGCUGCGGGACGUAAUGCCAGUAUUUUACAUGCUUCUUUGCGAGUUGAGUCUCCACAAGAAUUAUUGGCUCGGCGCAGAGAAUUGGAACAAGCCAUUCGUGAAUAUAAUGGUAAUGACCCUCUCGAACCCUGGUAUGCAUAUAUUAGUUGGAUAGAGCAAAGUUUUCCAUCAGGCGGAAAAGAAUCUGGUUUAGAAGAAGUUCUAACGAAGUGCUUAUCUCAGUUUGAAAAUGAGGAACGUUAUUUCCAGGAUAGGCGCAUGAUUAAAUUGUAUAUGAAAUUUAUUGAUAGUCAUCAGCAACCGAUGGAAUGUUAUCAACAGUUAUUCAAUGCCGGAAUCGGUACAAUGGUUGCUGAUUUUUAUAUUUGCUGGGCGUACCAUUAUGAUUUAUGUGGCAAUACACGCAAAGCAGAUGAAAUUUUUCGUAGAGGUAUUGCAUGCCGUGCACAGCCUUUUGAAGAAUUGCAAGAAGCUCAUCAACAUUUUGGCUUCUCCGUUGCACAACGCUUAAUGUAUCAAGAUGAUGACGAGGUUAAGGAAAGUACAAAACGUCAAUUUGAAGAAAGGCGUUUAGCUUUAACGUCUUUACGAGGUCAUAGACGCAAGGCAACUGUCGGAAGUAUACGCACAGGAGCUGCGGUCAAGAGUUAUGCACCGGGAACGGUACAGGCUGGAGCAGGUACCUCAAAACAAACAAAUACACGCGUACAAGUCUUUCAAGAUGAAAACGCCAAUCCAAAUUUACAACUUGGCCUGACGUCUACAACCGAUGAUCAAGAAAGUGCAACAUCUGAAGUUCCCAAAUCAGUUGUUCGUUCAAUUAUCGAUGCAACACGUAAUCAAGAAAAUCUUAAAGAACCAGGACCGUGGAAUAAAGCACAUGAUAAGAAAAAGUCUGGCAAACUGUUUAGUAAAACGGAUAGAAAUACUGAUUUGGGUUUCAGUAUACAUGAAGAUGCCGAAAUGGAAGAUGUUUAUUUAAAGAAACCCCUAGCAACACCCAUCACUGAAGGAGAGAGAAAUUAUGAAAAGCCGUUUAGGUAUCCGAAAGAUUUUAAAAGUAGAAAUUUACCUCAAAGUGAAUGGCUUACACCAGUAACGAUCGAAAAUGAGUCAGACCCGCGAACUUGCCCACAAUAUAACAAAUGUUUCUUGUAUCCACGGCCAAAUAUAGAAUUUCAACCAGAAGAGUAUCGAGCGUAUCGAUGGUUUAAAAAGCGUGGAAUUUCAAAUAAGUUUACAGCAAAACGUGACAGUUAUUGGUGCUGCUAUGAUGUUAAUGUAAAUAUUAGACAAUAUCCAAAUUUCGCGAAGAAGUCAAGACCGCAACGGUUAACAGAAGUAGACGCAUACUUUGAACCAGAAAAGAAAAAAGAACUAAUGGUGUGCUUCAGUGACUUAUAUGAUUCAAAGGAAAAGGUGGAAUACCAAUUAGAAGAGUUGAUGGCAAAACGACUUCGGCGAUAUGACACCAUAUUGAUGACAGCCGAUAUGGAUGAGACUGCGUGUGACACUACUGAACGUGUACAGCGACGAAAAAGCUUCUUUCCUUUACGUAGAUCGAUUAUGCCAAGACCAUCCAUCGUACCAACUGCAUCUAAAGACGUUAUCGCGGUUGAAAGUUUACCCACCAAAGAGCCUGUGAAAAUCACAAGUGUUCCCGAAAAAUCGGACGAGUCUAUUAAACUCACCUCAGCGCCGCCAACUAAAACAGCAUUACCGUUUGAAAUUUUCGAAGAUACAAUUAGCGCAACAACAAGUAGUUCAACAAUCAAUAAAGUUCCUUUAGUUUGCAAAGAAGAAAGCCCUUCAACAGCUAAUGUUGAUUUCAAGUUUAAAACACCUGCUAUACCAACAACAACUACCGCUAAUGUUGGGUUAUCGAAGCCCACAUUAGCAAAUAAACUAGGUUUCGAAAUUUAUACUGAACCCUCUAUAAAUGAGGGUCUACAACCUGCACCUAGCACGGAAGGUGCUGUUGGUGGUGCUAUAUUUGACCCAGAAGAAACUUGUUCCACACAAAUAUUCAACAUAUUUUUAAAAUCACAAUCUGUUAGUACACCGAAGAUGGCACAGAAAGUUGCUCCACGACAAUUUGGAUCUAUACUGAAGAGUGUACCGAAUCCUCCAGAGUUUUUAAGUAGUCCCGAAUGUAAUCCAGCAAUUGAAGACCAUGUUGCUGAACAGCCACACCCUUUAAAAGCCGCGGUUGAAUAUUCUCCCCUGGCGAUGAAGCAGUUGUCCACUAUUUUGGAGACUUCUGAGCAUGGCACCACACAAGGCACUCACACGACUGGUGGCACAACCACAAAGUCUUCCAACAGCACAUCUGAUGGUGAAGGUGAACGUGAGACAGGAACGCGUCUACUAAUGCCAGUGUCAGAAUUAGAACCACUAGAGGAACAGUCGCGUGAAUCGUCUACUAUACCUGCUGAGGUAAUGGUGUCGCUAGAAAAUAUUAAUCUGCAAGGUAAUGCAAUGGCAGAAGGUAAAAAUACAAUAACGGUUGGCACGCAAGAAUUGUGCACGCAAUCUACAGUUGUAUCACAAACAGCCACGGCUUUUGAUCCAGUUACACCUGCAUAUGUGCGUUUACAGGCUGGGUCUGAUGCGCUAGCUGUACCUGCAGCACCUGCGCCAGCAUUAAACUUUUCAAUAUUCGAAGAUGACCGCACUGAAGAGGUUAAGGUUAAACAAGCGGGCAAUUUUUCGCGUAUUGACGAACGAGAGAAUACAGCGGCUGGCUAUGCUAUAAGAAGCAUACGCUUCCAAGAGGACAACACUGAGACGUUGCCUAAAAUGAUAUUGCAUUCACGCUCGAUUGUUAAAUUUCAAGAAGAUAAAACAGAGACUAUACCGAAAAUUCCAUUAGCAACUGGUUUGGUGCCGUUUGAAGCAGAAAAAAACGAUACAAUGCCGAAAAUUCCACUAUCUGUACCUGUUAAAAAUGUCAGUUCAAAUUUAGAAGACUCUUUUGAGUUUUUUGGACAAACCCCACCGGGUAAGAGUAUAUUACAUCCGAGAUAUGAAGUGUCGGCUUUUAGAGAGUGCAUGGAGGCACGGACCCCUUUGUUGUCAGACGCUAAACGGCGUUGUGAUAUUAAUACACCAGAUCCAUUACAGCUAAAGGCACAGAGUUCAACACAAAAACAGGCGACGAUUUCUAUUGCAAAGAAUUUCAAAGGGCCACCACUAUUUGAGGAUGAAGUUGACAAAGCAGAGUCCCUUAAACCCAAUGUACUUUUUUCUUCGGCAAAAGCCAUGGCUCCGCUUAUCACACCAGCGGUAUCAGCGGUACACAGAGUAAUUGCGCGUGAAUCCUUUCUGCCAGAUUUUUCCUUUAUCGAAGAGACUCAACCACAAUCUGCGGUCACAAGUGAAGCACUGAAAAAUGAGCCAUCAAAUACUAAAUCGGUUGAUAAUACAGCAGUCAAUGCAAAUCGAUCCGAAGAACGUAGUGAUUCAAAUGAACAACAAGCUAAAUCCGACUUGAGCAAUUCGUAUUUAAAUGAUUUCUCCGAAAUUAUGGAAUCGCAACCAGUACAAACUGAUAACAAAUGGCUCAAAUCUGCAAAUGAAAUGCAGAAAAAAACCGAAGGAAACUUUCUUAAAGACUUUUCGGCAGUAAUGGAGUCAAAGUCAACAGAGAAAGAAAACGACUGCGUACAAAAAAAGCCUACCACAAAUGCAUUUUCCACUAGUUCCACUUAUUUCCAACAAAAAAGUGAUUCAUGUAAUGUGGCGCCUAGUACAACAAACGAUGAAGGCAGAGCUAAGUUUGAUCUAGGAAAUUGCUAUUUAAAAGAUUUUUCUAUGGUUUCGGAACCGCUCCCAAUUGAAGUUCAGCAGAAUCGGCAACAAAACAUAUCUACGUCUAGCAAAAAUGCAACGAACGAGCAAAAUAAUAAAAUUGAUACUAAAAAUUUUGAAAUCCCCAAUGCUAGCUUUAAAGAUUUUUCUAUAAUUUUGGACUCACAACCGACUGUUGAUGAAAGAAAACUUGGACAGCACAGAUCGCUUUCGACGUUAGCAACAAAACCACUAACAAGUAAGGUCGAUGUAUCACAACAACAUGUAGUAGACAACAGCAAACCGAAUUUAGCAUGCUCCUUUUUGAAAGAUUUCUCAGUUGUGCCCGAGUCACAGCCCAUUGAAAACAAGUUGAAAAGCAAGCUAUGUUCAAGUCAAACAAUCACUGAUGAGGUACACCAAAUUUCAAAUGCAAAUCGAUCAACACAAAUGAAAGAUUCUCAGCUGAAAGAGUUUUCAUUGGUUUCGGAGCCACCCACGCUUGAAAGCGUAACCAAACGUGCACAAGAACAAUGUGAGCCAUCAUCAGCACCGGGACAACCGCUCAUGUUUCUAAAUUCGUUUAUGAAAGAUUUCUCUGGAUUUCGCUGUCCACCUGCCGAGCCAAUAAGUAGCAAGAAAAGCACUACACGUCUCACAUUUUUAAACGACUCAAGGAAACUGAAUGAAUCGAUACAUGCACAACCUAUUAAUACCAGUCACAGCCAAGAAGCGAAAUCGAAUAACCCUCCACAAAAUUCGACCAAAUUGCAUUUUCUUGAGAAAUCGAGAGCCAGUUUAGCUCCAGUGCCAAACACUGAACGCCUUUCAUUUGAGUUGAAUGCAGAAACAGCGAUGUUCUCCACAAAUAUCAGUAUGAUUAAGAAUUCUACACUCUUGCCGCAAAUGGAAUUGAAUGCCUUGCAGCAGCCAUCAUCGAUAAAGGAACAAUCUCUACACAUAAAUCAGGAGAAAGAUGAAACUUGCCAAAUCGUUGCUGUUAGUCAACAGCAACAGGAUGUCUUCAAAACGCCACCUAAAGUUGUAAACCCGCCAACAACGAUAUCGAACGUUUUGUUGACACCAAGUUUGACAAAGCAUAAUACAUCAACAACACCAGCGGCGACAGGUGCUGUACUAAAACAUCCACAAGCUCCAAAAACACCACGCGGUAGUAAAAUUCCACAACCAAUAAGCCAUAAUAAACCACAAGUUAAACAACCAAUUGCGCAUAUAGAAAUAGAUGAUACCCAUGCGCAGGACGAUGUCAAUGAUAAAGAUGCUGAAAUGAGCAUAUACUUUAAGCAUACACCCAAAACACCGAAAAUACAACAACACAUAUGGAAUGAAAGUUCGCCAUCACCCAAAACACCAUCACACAAUGUAUAUGUACAUCGCGACGUAGACCUAAAUGUAACCAAUCAAAUUAUAGACAGCGUGAAUGUUGACCCACAAGUGAAUCCUUUUAAUGGCUACUUGCAAAGCGCUUUCUUAGAGCAAAUUGAGUUUAGCAAUUACAUUGAGGAAUUGCCAAAUUGUAUGCUUGUUGGUCAUGUGUCACGUUUGAAUACCGGUGCGAAAAUCAAGGUACACGAUGUGGAAUUCGAUGUGCUAAAGUUAAUAGGAGAGGGCGCAUAUGGCGCUGUGUACUGUGGUACACAUAAUAAGACUGGUAAGAAAUACGCGCUCAAACAGGAACGUCCACCAAACUUUUGGGAAUACUACAUAUGCUUGGAAGUGCAUAGUCGUUUGAAUUCGGAUGAUUUGGUUUCGGCAUUUAUGGGCAUCGAUUAUGCGCUCAUUGGCAAUAAUGCCAGUAUCCUGAUAUCACCAUUUUCUGCUCACGGCUCGUUAAUAACUGUGUGUAAUAAGGUGAAGAAACAUACGUUGAAAAAUGUCGAUGAGUAUGUAGUGAUGUGGUUAGCUUGUGAGUUGCUCAGCAUCAUUGAUCAUUUGCAUGCCGUUAAUAUUAUACAUGCAGACAUCAAAGCUGAUAAUUUCAUUCUCAUGAAGAACUUGGAUUAUAACAGCAGUCAGUAUGCAAUACAGCUUAUAGAUUUUGGUGUAUCAAUUGAUAUGAAAUUAUUUAAACCGAGCCAAACGUUUAAUUAUGUGCACAAUGAGAACGCUUUCAAGUGUGUAGAGAUGCGUGAAGGACGUCCCUGGACGUAUCAAUUGGACUUAUACGGUUUGGCUGGCGUCAUACAUGUUUUGCUCUUCGGUAAAUUCAUGGACAUCGCAGAACGUCCCAAUGGUGUGUGGAUGCAUAAAACACAUGUGCCACGUUAUAUCAAUCGCACAUUGUGGGAUACAAUAUUUCAGACAUUACUGAAUGUACGCGACUGUGAAACGAUGCCCAAUUUGCAAAAUUUGCGUGCACUCAUUAAAGAAGAAAUAGCUGAGAAAGAGAAAUUCGUUGUAAGAAAAAUUGCAGAGUUUAAUUCGGCGUUAAGUGCUUGAAUGUAUAGAAAUUAUUUUAUUGGUUGGUUCACUGCAAUCAUAUUCUAACUAUUUUUGUAUUACAAUUAAUAAACUUAUUAAUUUUAUACUAUAUAA